AUGAUAUUAAUAUCGUCUGAUAUAGUUUUAAAUAAUGGUGUUACUCCUCUUUCUCCAUUGUUAAUUUCAGUCUUUGCAUGGUCUUGGUGUAAUUUUGAGUUUUAUCCUCAGAUGAACAUGUUCUUAGAGGCAGGAUUAGAGAUGGAAAAGACUAGAUACAGGAAUGAGCAUGAAUUGGCAAGUUGCACAUUUAUCAAGUUGAUGAGUUAUUACUUUUCGCCAACAAUUAACCCUCUUGAGGUGUGGAAUAUAUCGGAGGAAGCCUUCUUAUUGUCUGUGAAAUCAAAGAACAAACACUAUGGUGGUUUCUCUAUUCUAUGGUAUCCAUUCCAUCACUUAUUCUAUAGCCACGGAGAUGUAAAGACUUCUAUUGGAUUGAGCUUGAAUUCAAUUGAGAUUUUAAAGAGAAAUGGAAAUGUUAUGUUGAUGGAUGCCAGUAAAAUGAUACUGGAAUUGAAAUAUGUUCUUUCAGGAGAUGUAGACCAUUUCCAGCCAACAUAUGUAAGCCAAGUGAAGGAAUAUCCAUCCUAUAGACAAAUGCACUACUCGUUCAAGGGAAUUUCACUCUAUUUCCAAAAUGAGAUUGAAAAAUCUUUCAAGUGUAUGGAAAAAUCGUAUGAUUUUAGAGAAGACUCUGUUGGCAUGUGUUCUAGCUGGAUUGAUUUAAUCUUUCUAGGUUUAAUCUCAGCUAUCUUUUUGAGAAGUGCUCAAGAAAAGAUUGAAAAAGCCCAAGAAAUAUUGAAAUACUCCAUAGAAAGAUUGGAAAUGAUUUCCCAAGUUAAUUCUUCUGUUUUUCUUGCUCCUUUGGAGUUAAUAAGAGCCGAGACGUUGUACUCAGAAUAUUGUAGAACAGGUGUCGAAAAUACUAGAAAAAUCAUUUCUCACUAUAGAAAGAGUUAUGUUAUGGCUGAAAAGGAAAGAAAUACCUUUUUAGCUAGGCUGAUUAAUUUGAGAACAGGAGAAUUUUAUAACAGUCUAGGUAUGGAUGAUGGUAUUAGUGGAAACUACUUCCUUAGAGCUAUGGAAUCUUUUGAACAGUUUGGUGCUUCCAUCGUUGUUGAUUAUAUUUUGGAGAAUUAUUCAGGUCACAUUGAUGGCUAUUCAUCAUUUAGUAAUAGAAAUCCUGAACAAGUAUUCUCUAAUACUUCUCUAUCUGAUGAAUCAACAGAUCACACUCUUGCUGGAGUAACAAAGAGCAGAAUUUCUGAAUCAACAGAAUUGGAUUUUAGAGAGAUUUUCAUUUCAAUUCUGCCAAUUCUUUCAGAACAAACGUUAUCACCAAGAUGUUGUUUGAUUUUGAAGAGAGAUUCAACAGUUUAUGUAGAUGCCGAAUUUAAUGCAGGUAUGAAUUCUAUUGAAGCACUUUCGUCCAUCAAACAAUUCGAAAAUAGUGAUUUGGACAAGUUUUCAGAUUCAUUCCCUCUCAAGAUGAUCCACAGAACUCUAAGAUCCAGAACAGAGCAACAACUCGUAUGGAAUGACAAUGAGAAAGAGUAUUACUUUGUGAAGAAUGUAGUGGCCUCUGCUUUAUCUAUUCCUAUCAUGAAGAAAAAGACAGUAAUAGGUUGUAUAUACUUGGAAAAUAAGGAAACGAAGGAUGUAUUCACAACUGAAAAAAUUAACCUUGCCAAACUUAUCAUCUCUAUCAGUUUAGACAAUGCUGGAAUUUUCACAUCCAUUAACAAAUCCUAUGCUAGGUUUUUACCUGCUGAAUUCCUAAAAUUGCUUGGCAAGAGUCAUGUAACUAAGAUAAGGUUGGGUGAUGCAAUUUCUAGGGAAAUGACAGUGCUCUUCAGUGAUAUUUAUGGAUUUACAGAGAUUAUGGAGGGACUUUCUGCAAAGGAUGGCUUUGCUUUUAUUAAUCUACUAUUGAAGAGUAUUGCACCUCCAAUUUCAAGAAACUCUGGAUUUAUUGACAAGUUUGUUGGUGAUGGAAUAUUGGCAUUGUUUAUUGAACCACAAGGAGCUGUCACUGCAGCUUUAGAAAUGAUUUCAGAAUUGGAAGUUUUCAAUACUAGAAAUAAUACCAAUGUAAAGUUGGGUAUUGGUUUGCAUCAUGGUAUUGUUCAACUUGGUACAAUUGGAUAUGAGCAACGUUUGGAUGCUACUGUUAUUUCAGAUACUGUGAACACAGCUAGCAGAUGUGAAUCUCUCACAAGAACUUUUCAUUCACAUAUUCUAGUUACUAAACCAGUUAUGGAUGUUGUUACAGUGCCACACAGUGUGAUAAGUACCGUAUUGGGUAAAUUCAUGCUGAAAGGAAAACACAUACCUCAUCAAAUAUACAAUAUAGCUUCCAAGUCAUGGAAAGGAAGUGGUACUGCUAAAGAAUUCACUUUACUAAGCAAAGUUAUUGAUCUCUUCUCAAGGAGUGAAUUUACCGAAUCAUUUGCCCUCGCAGAAACAAUUCUCAAGAAUACAAAGAACAAUACCAUUAUAGCUGCAUGCAACAUGUAUAAGGAAGCAUCAACAUUAUACGCAUCAGUUGUUUUACCAAGUGAAUGGCAAGGUGAAAUUAGGUUGACCAAGGAUGGAGAAGUCAGAGAGUACUUUCAAGAUAAAUGA